CCCGGCCCGGCGCGCCCCGCUGAGCCCAGCGCCAGCCCCGCGGGCCCGGGGAGCGGGGCCCCAGCGGGGGCCGAGGCGGGAGCCGCGCUGCCGGGCUCCCGGGCUCCAACUCCGCCUCCCCCGGCGCCGCCGCCGCCGCCGCCCGCCGCGCCGGGUCCUAAAGCCGCGCGCCUCAAGAGGAUGGUGCGUCUGGCGGCCGAGCUGUUGCUGCUGCUGGGGCUGCUGCUGCUCACGCUGCACAUCACAGUGCUGCGCGGUUCGGGAGCCGCCGACGGGCCGGACGCGGCCGCGGGCAACGCCAGCCGGACGCAGCUGCAGAAUAACCUCCACGUGGAAACUGACUCUGCAUCAGAAACCAGCUUUUCUCUCUCCAAAGAAGCACCAGGGGAGCAUCUGGACCACCAGGCUGCACACCAACCCUUCCCCAGACAGCGAUUCCGGCAAGACGCUGGGCACCCUUCCCUACAAAGAGAUGGCCCCAGGUCCUUUCUCCUUGAUCUACCAAACUUUCCAGAUCUUUCCAAAGCUGAUAUAAAUGGGCAGAAUCCAAAUAUCCAGGUCACCAUAGAGGUGGUGGAUGGUCCUGACUCUGAAGCAGAUAAAGAUCAGCAUCCAGAGAAUAAGCCCAGCUGGUCAGUCCCGUCCCCUGACUGGAGGGCCUGGUGGCAGAGGUCCUUGUCCCUGACAAGGGCCAACAGCGGGGACCAAGACUAUAAGUACGACAGUACCUCAGACGACAGCAACUUCCUCAACCCCCCCAGGGGGUGGGACCGUCCAGCCCCAGGCCACCGGACUUUUGAAACCAAAGACCAGCCAGAAUAUGAUUCCACAGAUGGUGAGGGCGACUGGAGUCUCUGGUCUGUCUGCAGUGUCACCUGUGGGAACGGCAACCAGAAACGGACUAGGUCUUGUGGCUACGCAUGUACCGCAACAGAAUCUAGGACAUGUGAUCGUCCAAACUGCCCAGGAAUCGAAGACACCUUCAGGACAGCUGCCACCGAAGUGAGUCUGCUUGCGGGAAGCGAGGAGUUUAACGCCACCAAGCUGUUUGAAGUUGACACGGACAGCUGCGAGCGAUGGAUGAGCUGCAAAAGUGAGUUCUUAAAGAAGUACAUGCACAAGGUGAUCAAUGACCUGCCCAGCUGCCCCUGCUCCUACCCCACAGAGGUGGCCUACAGCACGGCGGACAUCUUUGACCGCAUUAAGCGCAAGGACUUCCGCUGGAAGGACGCCAGUGGGCCCAAGGAGAAGCUAGAGAUCUACAAGCCCACGGCCCGGUACUGCAUUCGCUCCAUGCUGUCCUUGGAGAGCACCACGCUGGCCGCCCAGCACUGUUGCUAUGGCGACAACAUGCAGCUCAUCACCAGGGGCAAAGGGGCCGGGACGCCCAACCUUAUCAGCACUGAGUUCUCAGCUGAGCUCCACUACAAGGUGGACGUCUUGCCCUGGAUCAUCUGCAAGGGUGACUGGAGCAGAUACAACGAGGCCCGGCCUCCCAACAAUGGACAGAAGUGCACAGAGAGCCCCUCAGAUGAAGAUUACAUUAAGCAGUUCCAAGAGGCCAGGGAGUAUUAAGGAGAUGCCACCUCGGGUAUUUGUGACACAAAUGCACUACACUGAUCUACCGCUUGGGCAGCGCCCCUCUUAUCCGCAUACAUGUAUAUUUGUAUAUACCACAUGGGUAUUUUUCAUAAAUUACACUAGGGGUGUGCACCAGCCCCAGGUGACUGCCAUCUGAAGCCACCUUGCCAUCUGAAAUGCCCACAGAGCUCCUUGAAAUUCCUCCAAGGGGCGAUGUCAGCAGGAAGAUGAGGACAAAGAAGCCAGAAGAACCUGGAAGCCAUAGUGGGUGAGAUUCAACUCACACCCCGAUCCAAUGUUUUCUAGAGAAGCAAAGAGGAAAAGACUGAGUUGUAAACGUUAUAAGCAGUUUUUAUAUAUAACUUAUUUAAUAUGAAUGUGACUUAAGCAUAAACUUUUUCGCUGGAGUUGUGAAACUGUUUAAUCCCUUCUGUGAGAGUUCAGACAGGGGCUUCCGGAGGUGGGAGAGAAAGGGAAUUUUGUAAUGAUUUAAAAAAAGAAAAACUAAAUAACUCAACAUAAGUGUAUCAAAAUAAGAAAACGGCCACCUAAAAACAAAUAUUCUUUAGUCCUGAGGGACCUUGCUGGAGUCUCAGCUUCCAAAAUGCCCUUGCCUAAGAUUGGAUAGGGGGUGGGGGGCACAUGGGUAUUUUAGGGACAAAUCUGAUGACUGGUUUUAAAUAGGCUUUAAAAUAAAAGGCCAAUAUUAGCAUAAUGCUAUAGUUCUAUUGAAAGGCUUCAGAGUAGGAGACGUUCUGCUCAUGUCUUAGUAGGUUCAGAAGGCUGCAGGAAGGUCAGAUGUAAAAAUAGUAGCACUUUUCCAAAGAAAAACAAGCAAAAUAAAUGGUAAAAGAACAUAAACCUCAUUUCAUCUAUUUUAUUUUAAUACCAUCGUAACAUUUUUUUUCUCCACCAAUAUAUUCCCAGUAAAUACAUAUAAAAAGAGUAGGGGGACUCAUGUUUAGAAAAAACCUAAUUUUUUUAUGUUUUAAGAAAGGGGAAAAAACUACGUUAUUUUUGUAAAGUAUUUAUUGAGUCACUGAGUCUUGUGCUUCAAGCAAUUACCUGGUUCUGUAGUGUGGAACUUAGGACAAAUAAAGAAUUUGUUCUUAUGAAAUCUUUACUUGCAAAACUCCAGGAAAAGAGAAUAUAUAAUAAAAUCAUAAUAAAAUGUG